CCUGUUUCUAGGUCCUGAAAAUGGCUCAAAAGAUUACAUUUCCGAUGCUCUACUUUGAAACUGCUGAUUGUAAGGUGCUUUGGUGGAAGCUCUCCCAUGGAUCAUUGACUGUAGAAGAACAAUGAGAAAGCUGUCCUGGAAGAAGGCUGGCCCGCAGUGAACCAUGGCCCAGUACGACCAACUGGACGAUAAAGACUCACUGGACAUCCAUGACAACCCACCAGCCCCGGACAAUGUUGUGAAGGAGGAGGACAACACGGUGUACUUCAUCUAUGAUGAAGAGGUGGAGGAAGAGGAGAAGGAGGAGCCCCCCCCCACAGAGCCAGUCAAGCCGGUGAAUGACAAGCCGCACAAGUUUAAGGACCACUACUGCAAGAAGCCCAAGUUCUGCGACGUCUGUGCUCGAAUGAUCGUCUUGAAUAACAAGUUCGCUCUGAGAUGUAAGAACUGCAAGACCAACAUUCACCACCAGUGCCAGUCCUACGUGGAGUUCCAGAGAUGUUUCGGCAAAAUCCCUCCAGGGUUCAGACGGGCCUACAGCUCUCCUCUCUACAGCAGUCAGCAGAAUGCUGCUGUGAAAGAGCUGCUGCCCUUCUCCCAGUCCAACCGCACAGACCCUGUGUUUGAGACACUGCGCAUCGGCGUCAUCAUGGCCAACAAGGAGCGCAAGAAAGGCUCAGAGGACAAGAAAAACAUGAUGAUGAUAAUGAUGGAAGAAGAGGAGGCCCAGCAGCCCAAAUCAGAGGAAGGGGGCGGGGAGGGCGGAAACCCAGAGGGGGAUAAGAAAGGAGACAAAACUGCAGCCGACGACAAGAGUAAGAAACCUCCGCCGGGAAAGCUUGGUGUGUUUUCACAGUCCCACUACUAUCUGGCUCUCUACCGCUUCAAGGCCGUGGAGAAAGAUGACCUGGAGCUCCAUCCUGGAGACAGAAUCACAGUGAUUGAUGACUCUAAUGAGGAGUGGUGGAGGGGCAAGAUCGGGGAGAAGACUGGCUUCUUGCCAGCCAAUUACAUCAUCCGUGUGCGAGCUGGCGAGAGAGUGUACAAGGUGACCCGGUCCUUCGUAGGGAACAGGGAAAUGGGACAGAUCACGCUCAAGAAGGACCAGAUUGUAGUGAAGAAGGGGGAGGAGGUGAACGGGUAUCUGAAGUGCAGCACCGGACGAAAGCUGGGGUUCUUUCCCGCCAACUUACUGCAGGAGAUCUGAACCCAACAGGACUGGACCCCCUCUGCAUGCUCCUUCACAGAGUACAAGCUGUGUGUAUGUCACAGAGUACAGGCUUAGGGUCAAAUUUCAUCCCUGGACUUUCCCAUGAAGCUCCUCCACUCUAACUAUCACCCAGCCUCCCCACACACACACACACACACACACACACUCACACACACACACACACUC